ACAAGAAGAGGCAAAAAAGAAACAUUUUUGUCUCUUUCUUUUGAAUGAACAACAAAUGUCUCGAUAGUUAAUUUUUUCUCUUCUUCUUUCUGAAGUUUCAUUACUCAUGUUGCCUCAGUUUUCAAUCAAUCGAUUGAAAAAUCAAUCAAGUGUCAUCAGAAAAUGUUUACUAAUUGUCAUCAAGUUUACUCCGAUCUUCUUAUUAAUCCAAUUCUCUUUUUUAAAUUGCUAUGUUAAAAGUGAUCCAACUGACAUUAGGAUGACUAAUCCCGGUGAACGGCUUCACAUCCCUUGUACUAUGAUUAAUCCUGGUGGUUCAAUCCAGUGGAUUAAAAAUGGUCAACCCAUUUUAUUGGAUUUUAGUUCAUCCCAACGGAGACAUUGGAAUAUAACUAAAGAUGGUCAAGCAGCAUUGACAAUUAAUAGGGUAACCAAAGCUGAUGAAGGAAUCUGGGAAUGCUGGGAACUGGAUAACAAUGGUAAUGUUAAACAGAAAUCCCAUGUUAUGAAGAUAACGGUUGCAAAUGUGCCUGAAGGUCCAUUUUUACAAGUUGAUGGACAACGAAUUGAGGAAAAUGGUCGAGUAACCGUUCGAGAUAAAAGGCUAUUGACCAUCACUUGUAUUGUUAAAGGAGCUUCACCAGCAACUCGUUCAAUUAGCUGGUCCAUCAAUGGAAUCAAUGUUACUGAUUUUAGUCAAUUGUUAAUGGAAUAUUCAGCUGAUGAUAAUAGUUAUGAAUCUUUUAGUGUUCUAACAAUCAAUGUUACCAAGGAAGAUCAUAAGAAAACAUUAGUCUGUCAAGCUGAACAUUCUGCUUGGUCCAAGCCAAUGUCCGUUAGAACAAAUCUUAAUAUUCAAUAUGAACCUGCCUUUUCCUUAAUCCGUGAUCCAGUUUUUGGUUAUCCCAUAGUUGAAGGAAUGUCAAUUUUAUUAAGAUGUGUAAUUGAUGCUAAUCCACCAAGUCAACCUCAAUGGAUUCGUGAUCAUUCAUUAACACCAGGAUCUUCAAAAUUAACAAAGGAAAAUCUAUUCACAUCACUUGACGGUUCUCUUAACAUUGCAUCAGUAUCAUUCGCAGAUACUGGAUGGUAUAGAUGUACAACUGACCAUUCAUUUGGACACUUUGAUUCAUUCAGUUAUUAUCUUAAUGUUAGAAGUCGAUCCUUUCUUAAAGAAUGGUCUUCGGUAAUGUGUGCAUCCAAAGGAUCUCCCCCUGAUGGUCCAGUUUAUCCAGAGAGCGGUAAUAAUGAUCUGAGUAACGAUCCAGCAAAUAGCAGUAAUAAUAAUAAUCAUAAUAGAGGAUCACCGGGUAAUCCCCGUCAACCAUAUCCUUCACCUCGUUGGUCUCAACGUUACCCUCAGCGUCCAUUGCCCACACCUGAUUGGACCUUUAGGAAGCCCUCAGGGUCAUUCGAUAACAAUGAUCUGAGUCUAAUGUCAUCAGCACCUUCACAAAACACUCAAAGUGGCUCAGCUUUCAGUUCAAAGGAUCAACAAAAUGGGCGAAGUCGCUUUAAAUCUGGAAAAUCACUUAAUCAUGGAUUAGCUCAAUAUCCUAAUCAAUUGGUAAUCUUCAUGUUGAUUGGUUGCAAUAUUGCAUUAAUUGUAUUUACUCAAUUACAAGGAGGAGGAAUAGUAAUUGGAAUCGUUUGAAAGAAGUCAAAAGUAAUCAAGGAUAAUCAACAUCAAUUAAUUAAUCUUAAUGAUGCCGGUGAAAUGAAUUAAGGAUAAGCUGUUUUGUCCUAAACAAUCAACCAACAAUCAUGAAAUGAUCAAAACCUACGCACGUACUUUACCCAAGCAAACCAAGGGCUUGACAUUUCAUCACUCUGUCAACAAGAAACCAGAUCAAAGGAACAUCUCUAUUGACUCAUGAGAUUGCAUGAGAAUUAUAAUUCAGAAUCAUAAAGAAGGAAAAAGAAAUAAUCAGAAAUGGUCCUGAAAAAAAGCAAUUGAACUUUUUUUCCUAAUGAAAUGGAUGAAUUAUCAGCCUUGAAAAGCUGUUAAGCCAAUGGGAAAUCGUCCACAAUCAAAGUGAAUCAAGAAGAUGAAGCAAAUCCAAAUCUCUUAGCCCACCAAGUGUAAAAGCUUAUCCACCCAAGCGAUUUAUCAUUUUCGUUUUACCAUCAAACCCCUAAAAGUGAUUCAGCAACAAUCUUUCAUCAAUUGAUUGUUUUAAUUAACUGUAACAAUUAACGGACUAACAAUAAUUGUCUCUCUUUCUCUUCCCGCUUCAAACGAUUUCAAGCCAAUCGAUAAAAUCGCCUUACAAUUAUUCAAUCAUCGAUUAAGUAUCUACAUCUGAUGGCUAAAACCUAGUAAUCUUUUAAUUGUGACUGUGAUAAUGAUUUGAGUCUUCAGAUGAUCUGAAGCUCAGGUUAACAUAACAAACAGCAAUUACAGCGAAGGUAACUCUCUCUCUCUCUCUAUCAUCAUUUUUCAUCUUCCUCUGUCAAAUCAGACAAAGCAAGUAACAUCUUAUUCCUAUUGUCAAUCUAAUCACGAUGAUAAUAAUAGUCAUGUUGAUAUCAGAACUUUUUUUGUUCUGUUUACUAUUCUGAUAAAUAGCAAGAAACAGGGAAAAAAAGUUCUGUUUUCCUUUCAGUUCUUAGACAAUAUUAUCAUCACCAUGAUGAUAAUAAUAAUAACAAAAAAUUAUCUUUUUCGAGAAUAAAGAAAAUGAUCUAUCAUGUCUUUCUCUCUCUCUCUCUCUCUCAGUAUCUUUCACUGAACUUAUCAUGCAAAAAAGUGCAAAUUACAUGAGGUUAUUUCAUCUGAAUGAAUAUGUAACACAAUCAAUUUGAACAUAUCGAUUGAAUCAAUUUCAAGUAAUAACAAUAUUGUAACAACCUUUUUUUUUCUUGUAUCAUUAUUUUCAUCAAUACCAUUAUCAACAUCGGUCUUGAAUCAUCAGCUUAUCUCUCUCAGGCUAUUGGGUUCAUCUAAUACAUUGUAUCAGCAUCCUCAUCAUCAUCAUCAUCAUGCUGAUUAGAUUCAUGAACUUUUCCAUCCAAUCAUCUGAAUGAGAUUAAUUUGAAUUUCAAAUCUAAUCUUACUUAUCAAUAUAAAUUGUUACCUUUUUGCUAAAUUGUACUUUUUUUCAUUCUGUUUGUUUACCGUUAACUUGAUGCUUCAAAUCAUCUAACUGUCUAUCAGCUGAUUAAAUUUACAUCAAUUAAUUUCCAUCUUGAUAAAUGGUCUUCUAGUCUGGUAAUUUAAUUAUUGAUUCAAUGAGAAACAAUCAAAUUGUAUUAUCAGAUAUUUCCACAAUUGAUUUUAAUCAGUUAAUCAACUCUCACUCUUUUUUUUGUGUACACACUAUUUAAUUGGGUUCGGUAUUGAAUCUUUAAUUGUUGUGGUUAAUUUUCAUUCAACUGCAACUAUUUGUAAAUUUAUUUAAACUUUUAAAUCUGUAAAUAACUUUGACUAUGAUAAAUGUAUAAAAUAGUGAAAUGUAAUAUAUAUAAAUACACAUAUACUUAAUUAAUAAAUGAAAUUUAAUACAAUGUAAA